AUGACCAUGACAACCACAACAUUACCACGGCCCCCACGGGCCUCCUACGGCGGACCAACACCAGCGUCCGGUCUCCCAGCCCUCUCACAAACACUUAACCCGCGAGCCUCAGUCACCUCCCUCCGAAAAGUAUCGCUCCUCCCACAAACACCACGAAAACCAAGCGGCCUCUCGAUCGUCCCCAACGGUGGCCGACCGACAACACCGUCAUUACCGAUCCCAAGCACGCCCCAGGGCCCCCGAAGAGUAGUCAGUAUUGCGUCGUUUCCACAGCCCCCGAAAAGUGCAGGGAGAUCGAGCUUUCCAAAUUCGGGAUCAGGGUUCUCGGAAUCACUAUUAACGCCGACAAGUCCCUUGAGUAAGGGCCUCGAGAGGUCGCCGAGUAAUAGGAAGAGUAUCGCGGGUAAUCCGGGUGCGGGGUUCGGAGGUGCGGGGACGACUAUAACAGGUGGGGGUAACGGCGGGUAUUUAAGUCCCCCGCACUCUCGGAGUAGUAGCGCCCAAGGGAGCUACUCUACAAGUGCGACAACAAUAGAGGCCUCACCGAGCUCUGGCGACGAGCUGCGGGGGUCGUCAGGCGAUCCUAGCGAGAAGGAGCAGAAGGGGAAUGUUAUCGUCUCUGUGAGGAUAAGACCCGACGCACCCGACUCUGGAGGAGGAGGGCCCAAUCCGGAAUGGAUUGUAGAUGGGCGUUCGGGGAAGGUUGGGUACGGGGGGAAGGACGGUGGGAUAUACGAGUUUGACAACGUGUUUGGGCCGGAGCAGAACAAUACCCGGGUAUAUGAACAUUCUGCGAAACGACUGGUACGCAGGGUGAUGGAGGGAUAUCAUGGAACAGUGUUUGCGUACGGAAUGACGGGAACGGGGAAAACAUUCAGUAUGCAGGGAAUAACGAGCAGCCCUGGUGUCAUCCCGCUAGCCAUCACAGAUAUCUUUGCUUUCAUUCGAGAAACACCCGCGAGGGAGUUCUUGCUGAGGGUAAGUUAUCUGGAAAUUUACAACGAGCGCAUUCAUGACUUGCUGGCCUCGCAACCGGGAGGUGCCGGGUUCGUGCCCUUGGAUCAGCAGAUUAAGGGCGAGGAGAUCAAAUUGCGAGAAGACGCAAAACGCGGGGUAUACGCAACCCCGCUUAAGGAGGAGAUCGUCCAGAGUCCGACACAGCUACUGCGUGUCAUCGCACGGGGAGACUUGGCACGGCGAACAGGCAGCACGCAGUUCAAUGCGCGAAGUUCACGGUCCCACGCGGUUGUGCAGAUCGUUGUUGAGUCAAGAGACCGCAUCCCCGGCACUACAGCUGGCGGUGGAACAAUGGUGGAUAAUCGACGGGCAGGAAUCACCGGAGGGGUGAGAGUAUCAACGCUAAGUUUGAUCGAUUUGGCUGGGUCCGAAAGAGCUGCGGAGAAUAAGGAGCGAAGACAAGAGGGUUCACAUAUCAACAGGUCUCUCCUUACGCUCGGAACAGUCAUCGCAAGACUGUCUAGUGUCGACAAGGAGGGAAAUGGAAAGGACAAAGAUGGGAACCAUCUUCCGUAUCGUGACUCUAAACUGACUCGUCUGCUGCAACCUGCAUUGUCUGGUAACUCGCUCGUAUCCAUCUUAUGUACUAUCGCGAUACCACCGGCCAACAUGUCGGCUCUUAACGCCACGCAUACUGGUGAAACGAUGAAUACGCUGAAAUUUGCAGCGAGAGCACGGAACAACAUCGUUUCGCAUGCGAAAAAGGGCGAUGAGAGUAUCCUGGGCGGUGUAGGGGAUGCCGGUAGUAGAGUACUGCUGGAGAGGUAUCGGAUGGAAAUUCUGGAGCUGAGGCAGCAGCUAGACGACCAAAAGAAAAAGGAGGGGACGGAUCAGAAGGACUUGGUCGAGAGAGAGGAGAAGGAGAUCGAGAGGCACUCUGAGCAGCUACUCGAGAUCCAACUCGCCCGGACGGCGCUAAAAGAGCGCAUCGAGCACCUGAACCGCCUCAUUCUCUCCUCAAAAUCAUCGGGCGUCAACUCGGCUCGUAAUUCGUUGCUCCCCAACCCAGGCCAUAUGUCCGCCUUGUCUUUCCGCUCCUCAAUGUCCAACUUGCACCCGCCCGGUGGCCGACCCUUCUCAACAGGUUCAACAAUCUCGAUAUCGACAGCGAUCAACGGAUGCCCCACUUCAGAUACGGCGACCGAUGACUCAACAGGCGAAUAUGGUGACGGUAACGCAUCGCUUGGCGCACAGGUUCGUGCUCUGCAGUCAGAUGUUGCAGACAAGAAUCGUUAUAUCGCGACCCUGGAAAAACGUCUCCUCCAAGCGCGCCGUAGCUCAAAUAGUCGGGCAAGCAUGAUUUUUGGCCCGCCGCAGAAGCCACCGAGUCUUUUCGGCUCGUGCGAGCUUGUACCGGAGGGUCGAUGGGAUAUUCUACUGAGGGAGAAGGACGAAGAGAUCGCAGAGCUGAGGGCCCGAUUGGAUGAUAAAGAAAAGAUGGUCACGGCGCUGAGAAACGCUGCGCUGAAGCGAGACUUUGCGGAAACGGGCAUAAGGCCCAAUAAUAGAAGUAUCAAGAGCGCGAGCGUUGAUGGUGCUGGGGCGGGCAUGAGGACUAUCAGUGCGGGCGGAAGAGGGCCAGGGGUUGGCGUGAGGAUGAGAGGAGCGUCUGACUCGGUCGCGCCGUUAAAAACAAGAGGAAGCACGGAUAGUAUCACAAGUGUACCGGAGUGUACGGAACAUGAGGAAGAUGGAACGUUUUAG